CGCUGCAGGAAGGAGCUGCGAGCUGUAGCCGCGCCUGCCUCCGCGCGCCGAGCCGCACCAUGCCCCGCAUAGAUGCAGACCUCAAGCUGGACUUUAAGGAUGUCCUGCUCCGACCCAAGCGAAGCAGCCUCAGGAGCCGAGCCGAGGUGGAUCUUGAGCGUACCUUCACGUUUCGAAAUUCGAAGCAGACCUACUCAGGGAUUCCCAUCAUCGUGGCCAACAUGGACACCGUGGGGACAUUCGAGAUGGCGGUGGUGAUGUCCCAGCACUCCAUGUUCACGGCAAUUCAAAAGCACUACACCUUGGACGAGUGGAAGCUCUUCGCGGCUCAUCACCCAGAAUGUCUGCAGCACGUAGCCGUGAGUUCGGGCAGUGGGAAGAGCGAUCUGGAAAAGAUGAGCGACAUCUUGGAAGCGGUGCCGCAGGUCAAGUUCAUAUGCCUGGAUGUGGCCAACGGGUAUUCAGAACAUUUUGUGGAGUUCGUGAAGCUGGUGCGUGCCCGAUUUCCAGAACACACCAUUAUGCACUCGUGA